AAAUACUCAAUCAUUUUGUUUUUACUCUAGAACUGUCUAUAGACCAAUUUAACCAUAAUUAUUGAUGAAUAAUGCUUAAUAUUGAAUGUGUACAGAUAUGUCUGUCCGAUAGUUACCAUACUUAAUAUACCCUUCUGAAUGAUUGGUUACUAGAUGAAAUCAUUAUAUACACUGUCAAUUAAACUGAUUCAAAUUAAAAGAUUCAGUUUGAUCAUCAUCUUGUUAUUCUAUACGUUGGAUUAUAUAUAUGUAUAUGAUAAAUAAUGAAAAAAACUACACUUUGGUUUAAUGAUUGGUUGGAUCGACAAAUAUUUCUUAUUUGGACAUUAGAAUGGAUGAUAGCUACUAUUACAUUAUAUAUUAUUAUAAUGGCGACUCGAGAUAUUAUUGGACCAAUUGCUUUAUUAUUUGAAUCAUUAGAGAAUUUAUUUCGUGGUAUUGUUAAAGCUGUAGAUGAACAAUAUACAAAAUCAAAUGUUGAUUUUACUGGUGAACAACCUCAAUUUUUAUUUAGAUUACUUCGAGGACCAUUACCGACUGUAAUUUUUAUACAUUUAACAAUAAUCUUGAUGAAUGCAAUUUGUAUUCUGUUUGGAUUACUUUUUCGUGCAGAAUAUUUUAUGAAAUGUAAUAUGUUUAUACUAAUUUCCCUUUUAAUUGCGGAUGCUGCUGUAUUUUUGACAUGGAUUUAUAAAGAUCCUAAAACAAGUGUAGGGAUGUUUUUAGAUGAAUUACAAAGGGUUCAAAUUCAAUAUUUAGGUGCUGAAACAAAUAAUUUUCCAACAUUAUUGUUCAAUUAUGUUCAUCAACAUUUUCAUUGUUGCGGUAUGAAUGACUACACUGAAUGGUUAAAUUCUACUAUAAAAUGGAAAAGAAUGGUAACUUAUGAUAAUAUAACGUAUGAAAUUAAAAUACCGAUUAGUUGUUGUCCAAACCUUACCAAUGAUCGAUUACCGGAUUGUGCACGAUUAAACUCAAAUUAUCCACCUUUUAUCCAGGGUUGCGGUGAAAUACUAACAUAUAAUCCAAUAUUUGAUACUACAAGUAUUUCUGAGAGAUUUUAUACACUGGUAUACUUUGUCGCUCAUAUUAUUACAAUUAGUUUAUACGUUGUCAAGACUACUUUAUUGAAACAAAAAAGUGAGAUACUAUUCCUUUAUCAUGAAGGAAAACUUCAAACAAAUAAUGAAGAAGAAACCUAUGUAAAUAAUAAUAAAACUUUGGAUAAUAAUAAUAAUAAUAAUAAUAAUAAUGAUAUAAUCAAUACUGUAAAUGAACAAUCAAUUGCCACGAAUACUGUCAGAGGAUUCGGUUAUGACUUUGUUAAACCUCAUAAAAACGACAGUCAUUUCUAUUGAUUAAAUUUGCAUAAAUCAACAAAGAAACACAAAAGGACAAUAAUAAUAAUAAUAAUAAUAAUAAUAUUCAUUUGUAAUAAAAUUGUAUUAAUUUUAAUGGAUUUUUUUUUGUUUAUCUUAAUUAAAGAUUGUUGAGCUUAAAUAGUGAUCAAGAAUUGAUCUAUGUUAGACUAUUAUUGAAAACCUGAUGUGAAGCAGUUACCCACAGAAGACAAUGGAAGAUGGACGUGGAGUUUGUUGUAUUAGUUGAAGUUAGAUAUUAACACUGUUGGAUGUUGGCUCAGUGAUCUGGAGGUUAAGUGUUUGCAUGAGAAACUGAAGGUCCUGAGUUUGAAUCUCACAUGCGUAGUUGUAGUUGGUUAUUGCUAAGGAGUCCCGUAAUAGGGUAAAACGGCUGUCUAGUGCUUCUAGGUUUUCAGUGGUUGUCUAACAUUAAUCGGUUCAUGAUCUCAUUUAAAAGUAUAUUACAGAAAGCUAAAAAACAGAAUUAAAUGAAAAAUAUCGGACGUUAUAUUGAUAAAUCUCUGAGACAUAACCAGUAUCAUGUUUGUCUAUUCCUAACUAAUGAUUAAACCAUAUUGAUCGAGUUGCUCUUUGAUUGAAUGACACAGUGGUUAUCAGUUACCAUAAAUUUGUGGGCACACUUUACUGACAAGUUUCAACUAGUAUCAAAGUUAGUUCCAGGAUUUUCUACCAAAUAUCGAAACAUAGUCCACAGAUUGUUGAGUUACUAAUGAGUAUACUGUAACCUGAUCGUUAGUAUUUGAUCGUGACCAAAGAACUAGAAAAAUAAAACGUUGGUUUAAGUAUAUCAGCGCUACAUGAGGUUGAUGGUUUCCCAAAUAGUUUAGUAAUAGCAUGCUAUACUGUACCAACGAAUGACAUGGGUUUUAUGUCCGUAUAGAAUAUCAGUCCCUUCAUCCCUUUAAGUUGACCUUGCCGACGAUUGUUUAGUUAGUCAAUCAUCGUGAACGUAGAGCUAGACUUAUAUGCGUGUUGAUCCAAGUUAAUACAUCACAUUAGCACAAGGAAGCAAAUUUUAAAAGGUGAAUAGUAAAUUAGUCAAAAUAAUGAAAAAGUAUAUAGGCUAUUCAAUAAAUUCACAAAAUCAUACAUUUUAAUAAAGAAUAGUUAACAUAAUUAAUUUAAUAAUGAACUAUGUCACUAGGCAAUAUUUACGGAUACAAACAUCUGUUAAUAAUAACGUAUGUGAAGAGGGGUUCGAACAUGUAACCUAAUAGUUGAAACUCGAGUAUUUUAAUUGUUACAUUGUCAUGAACACAUAACAAUGAAGGUUCGAAUAGAUGAUCCGUCUUAAAUGUGGAUAGGUACUUAGUUCAUUUGUGUGACAGUCACAUAUCAACAGAUUUCCUAUGGAAAAAAAGCAUCAUCUAUAUUUAUGAGGGAUAAAAAUAAA